AUGGCACCUUAUCCAUAUGAUUAUGACCAUUCAUAUAAUCAGGAUAGAUCGUCAGAAGAUCAGUUAAUAGAAGAUAUUUGGGCACAAGAUGAUUGGGAAGAACGGGAUUUUGAAGUUCCAGAUAUAUAUACGUCGUAUACGAAGAAAAAGGAUGAUAAUGAUAUACCACGAUGUUCAGAAACAGAAGCAGAAAAUUUGACAGAUUCUCAUGUACAAUACGCACUUGGAUAUGACAAAAAUAGUGGAACUAAUUCUAAUAAAUCAAUGGAAACAAAGAGACCUCAAAAAUCAAUAAAGUUAUAUAAUGAUCUUCCUUCAGCAAAAGAAGAAGCACUUGCAUCAUUUGAAGAACAUUUUUGUAAUAUUUAUCAUUCUAAAGACUUAGGAGAGUCAGGACAAGAAGAGAUUAUGACAUGUGAAUGUAAAUCUGAAUGGAAUGGAACAGAAAAUUUGGCAUGCAACAAAAAUUCUGAUUGUAUUAACAGAUUGACAUCUGUUGAAUGUACAGAUGACUGUAAUUGUGGGGAAGAUUGUCAAAAUCGAAAAUUUAAAUUAAGACAAUAUUCUGAUAUUGAUGUAAUUAAGACAAAGAAAAAAGGUUAUGGCAUUAGAGCAAAUUCUGAUUUAGAAUCCGGUCAAUUUGUUUGUGAAUAUAUAGGAGAGGUUAUAGACGAAAGAAAAUUCCGAAGAAGAAUGAAAAUAUACUCAGAAGAAAAUAUAAAACAUUUCUAUUUUAUGAUGUUACAAAGAGGAGAGUAUAUUGACGCUACAAGAAAAGGAGGACUUUCGAGAUUUUUAAACCACUCGUGUUCUCCUAACUGUUAUGUAGACAAGUGGGUUGUAGGAACAAAGCUACGCAUAGGUAUUUUUUGUAAGCGUAAUAUAAUAAAAGGAGAAGAAUUGACAUUUGAUUACAAUGUUGAUCGAUACGGAACUAUAGCACAGCCAUGUUAUUGUGAAGAACCUGGAUGUAUUGGGAUCAUUGGGGGGAAAACUCAGACAGAAUUUCAUUCAAAAAUACCUCAAAAUAUACUAAAAGCCUUGGGAUUUGAAAAUUUAGACUUCUGGGAUUUUUCAUCAGCAAAAAAAAUUCGAAAAAAAAAGAAGGGUGAAACUGACGAAGAGUAUUACAAUUCUAUGCAAUCUACUCCUGUAGAUGAAAACGGAGUGACAAAGAUAAUGAGUGCUUUACUUCAAUGCAAAGAACGAUGGAUUAUAAAUAAACUUCUAUUAAGGAUCUAUUCAAGUAAUGAUCUCACUAUCCAAAGAAGAGUAAUGAAGAUGCAUGGAUAUCAAAUUCUUGGUUCUGUUCUUCGCGACUGGAAAGAAGAUUUUGAUAUCUCUAACAUGAUUCUUAAUAUUUUUUUAAGAUGGCCAAGAAUUACAAAAAAUAAAAUUUCUAGCUCAAAAAUAGAAACAACUAUUCAAAUUUUAGCAUCUCACGAAAAUGAAGAACUGAGAAAAACUGCUCAACAACUUAUUACAGAAUGGGGAAAUCUAUCAAUGGCAUAUCGAAUUCCAAAAAAACCUAAAGCACAACAAGCAGAGACGAUUUACUCUGAUUCGGAGACUAGUGAUAAUGGUUCAAAAUUAUAUCAAUCACCAGGCUCUCAAAGUAGUCCAAUUUCUAAUGAACGAUAUUCUCGUUUUUCUAGAUCUAAAAAUUAUGAUAACUAUACUACAAAUAAGACACAAUCGUUUCGAGGAGAAAGGUUUUGGAGACCUGAUUCACGUUUUUCUGAUGAACCAGAUGUUCGAGGGCAUAAACUUAGAGGACCUCGCAGUGUCGAAGAGAAUACUCGUAUUUUACCUCCAGGAUGGGCAGUUGCUAAAACUCAAGAUGAAAAACCAUAUUAUUAUUGCGGGGACAAAGUACAAUGGGAAUUUCCACUUGAGGCAGCACCCCCACCUCCUCCACCACCACCCUUAGUGCCAUUUAAUAAUAGUUCUCUUGAUUUACAAAAAAUUAUUGAUGAAGCCAAUGCGGAAUUAAUGGAGAGGCAAAACAAUACUUCUAAACAUGAUCCUAGGAACAAUAAAAACAAUGCGAGCAAAGGAAAAGAUCACAAGCAUUCAUCAAAUAUAAGUAAAAAAGAAAAACUUCCUUUAGAAAAAAUACUUAUAAAAACAUUUGCUAAAUAUGUACCAAAUGUAAUUACAAAAUUUCAAGACGAACUUGGAAAAGACGAAAUUAAGAAACGAGCUAAAGAAAUUGUAGAAAUAUUGGUCAGAAAAGAAAUGAGACCAGGUCAUGAAAUAAGAAAUGUUUAUGAAUUAAGCAGUACAAAAAAAAAGAAGAUUAAGGAAUUUAGUUAUACAUAUAUAGAAAAAGUAAUUAGUAAAAAAAAAGAAAAAAAUAUGCAGAAAACAAAUAAUUCUCAUAAAAAAGAAAAUGCAAAUGGUUGUGCUGAAAAUACUUCAGAUAAAUAUUUUUCAACAAUAUUAAAAGGCACACAAGAUCAAAACAUAAACUAA